CAGCCGCAACCACCCAUGACCAGCACGUUUUGGGGCCAUCUCCCACUUGCUGGCGAAUGCAAGAGACUGUUUCCUCCGCAGACCCAUGUGCAAAACUGGUCAAACUAUAUGAGGAAGAAGUACGACUUGGGUGAUGUCUUCUAUGUCGACUGGUGGCCACUGGGACCACGAUGGCUCUUCGUCGCCGACCCGGAACUUGCUUCCAAAUAUAUCACGACGGGCCAAUCUCUGCGCAAAUCCCAUCUCACCACAAAUUACCUCACAAAGCUCCUCGGUCGAGACAACAUGGUCGGCCUAGACGGGCAGCAGUGGAAGGUGCUCCGGGCAAUCUUCAAUCCAGGCUUCUCAGCAAGCCACCUAAUCAGCCUCGUCCCGCUCAUCGUUGACUCAACGCUCGUCUUUCUCGACAUCCUCCGCGAAAAGGCUCGGAAAGGCGAACUCAUCAGCCUCGACACCUACUCGACCCGCUACACGAUCGACAUCAUCGGCAAGAUCGUCAUGGACACAGACUUUCAUGCGCAGACCGGCCCCAGCCCGCAUCCCAUUGUCACCACGUUCAGGCGACAAAUCGAUCUGAUGCCCUCGGCCACAAGCGUCGGGCCCUUGGACGACAUCAACCUCGGCCGCGAGGUGCGUAUCUGGUGGAACAUGCGCAAACUCGACUCCCUCAUUGGUGCCGAGAUCGAUGAACGCGUCGCUGCGCGCAAUCGCAACGCCGCGCAACAAACGGCAAAGGCCAGCACUCAGGAGAAGAAAAGCUUCAAAGACCGCAAACGCUCUGUCAUCGAACUCGCGCUCGACGCGUACGAUCAAGAGGCGGCAGCGGGCAACGCUGGAAUGAGCAAGGGCAAGAAUGCCGGCGGUAUCGGUACUGGUAUGAACAGUUACUUCCGCGCUCUCGCCAUCGACAGCAUCAAGACGUUCAUCUUCGCCGGUCACGACACCACGUCCGCGACAAUCUCGUACUCCAUGUACCUCCUCCACCUGCACAAGGACGUGCACGCGAAGCUCGUCGCAGAGCUUGACCGUGUCUACGGCUCCGGCUCCGGCGCAGGUACGGGUGACGAUUCCAAUUCCACCGCCACCGCCGCCGAGAUCGCCGAACAGAUCAUGUCCGACCCGCACUCGAUCAACAAGCUGGAGUACAUGACCGCCGUGAUCAAGGAAGUCCUGCGCCUGUUCCCGCCGGCCUCGACACUGCGCGAACUCCUCCGCCCCGCCGACAUCGCCGCGUCAAAGGACACAGUCCUGCCUGCGGACCCCAAAACCGGCCGCAAGUCGUUACCACUAGCCGGAUUUCACAUCUGGCCCGUCGCGCUGAUGAUCCACCGCAACGACGCGUACUUUCCGGACCCCAUCAAAUUCGUGCCCGAACGAUUCCUCCCGUCCCAGACACCCUACCCGGACGCCAAGCUGCACACGCCCGCGGGCAAGGACGCGUGGAGACCGUUUGAAAAGGGUCCCCGGAAUUGCAUCGGCCAGGAACUCGCCAUGAUAGAGACAAAGAUCGCCCUCGCGCUUGUCGUCAAGGAUCUCGAUUUCACGGCCGAGUAUGCCGGGCAGAAAAUCGAAACGUGGACGCCCAUUGAGACCGUGGAUGAGUAUAAAGAUGGCAAACCCGGCGUCGAGAGGUUGACUAUCGAGGGACAUAAGCCGUAUCAGGUGCUGCAUGGCGCGGCGCGACCGAAGGAUGGCAUGACUGGGCGGUUGAGUCUGAGGCGGUAGGGCAUGAGAAAGCCUACCUAUCUUAGGUAGGAAGGUAUGCUGUUUGAUAUGCACGUUCUAAUGCCAUACUUCUAUCAAUGCUAGAGUAC